GUCUCCCCCAGGAGCUGGAUCCCGGCCAGUCGGGCGUUCCCGCCAUGAACCAGAGCUCAGCAUUCGGGCCCGGGAGGGGAGGCUCUCCCGGGGUGGCUACCCGGGCCCGCGCGCGGCGCAACGAGAGCCAAGACUAUCUGCUCAUGGACUCGGAGGUGGGAGACGACGGCUGGCCGCAGCACCCCCUGCCUCCCUACGGCUACUACCCUUGCUUCCGGGGCACCGACAAUAGACUGACCCACCGGCGGCAGACAGUUCUCCGUGAGAAGGGGAGAAGGUUAGCUAACCGAGGACCAGCAUACAUGUUUAAUGAUCACUCAACAAACCUGUCUAUUGAGGAGGAACGCUUUUUAGAUGCAGCUGAAUAUGGCAACAUCCCAGUGGUAAGGAAGAUGUUAGAAGAAUGCCUCUCACUCAAUGUUAACUGUGUGGAUUACAUGGGCCAGAAUGCCCUGCAGCUGGCGGUGGCCAAUGAACAUCUGGAAAUUACAGAACUUCUUCUCAAGAAAGAAAAUCUGUCUCGUGUUGGGGAUGCCUUACUUUUAGCUAUUAGUAAAGGUUAUGUUCGGAUUGUGGAAGCCAUUCUCAGUCAUCCAGCUUUUGCUGAAGGCAAGCGGUUAGCAACCAGCCCCAGUCAGUCUGAACUCCAGCAAGAUGAUUUUUAUGCCUAUGAUGAAGACGGAACACGGUUCUCCCAUGAUGUGACUCCAAUCGUUCUGGCCGCCCACUGCCAGGAAUAUGAAAUUGUGCACACCCUCUUGCGGAAGGGUGCUCGGAUUGAACGGCCUCAUGACUAUUUCUGCAAGUGCAGUGAAUGCAACCAGAAACAGAAGCAUGACUCCUUCAGCCAUUCCAGAUCUAGAAUUAAUGCCUACAAAGGCCUGGCAAGCCCAGCUUACCUGUCAUUGUCUAGUGAAGAUCCAGUCAUGACAGCUUUAGAGCUUAGCAAUGAGCUGGCAGUGCUGGCCAACAUUGAGAAAGAGUUCAAGAAUGACUACAAAAAACUGUCAAUGCAGUGCAAAGAUUUUGUUGUUGGACUCCUCGAUCUGUGCAGAAAUACCGAAGAAGUAGAGGCCAUUUUGAAUGGGGAUGUUGAAAUACACCACAGUGGUGGAGAUCACGGUCGUCCAAAUCUCAGCCGUUUAAAACUUGCCAUUAAAUAUGACGUAAAAAAAUUUGUAGCUCAUCCAAACUGUCAACAGCAGCUUCUGUCCAUAUGGUAUGAGAACCUUUCCGGUUUGCGGCAGCAGACCACGGCAGUCAAGUUUCUUGUGGUCCUCGCCGUUGCCAUCGGACUGCCUUUCCUGGCUCUCAUUUACUGGUUUGCUCCAUGCAGCAAGAUGGGGAAGAUAAUGCGUGGCCCAUUCAUGAAGUUUGUAGCACAUGCAGCCUCCUUCACCAUUUUUCUGGGGCUACUAGUCAUGAAUGCAGCUGACAGAUUUGAAGGCACCAAACUCCUUCCUAAUGAAACCAGCACAGAUAAUGCAAAACAGCUGUUCAGGAUGAAAACCUCCUGCUUCUCAUGGAUGGAGAUGCUCAUUAUUUCCUGGGUAAUAGGCAUGAUAUGGACUGAAUGUAAAGAAAUUUGGACUCAAGGCCCCAAGGAAUACUUGUUUGAGUUGUGGAAUAUGCUUGAUUUUGGAAUGUUGGCAAUCUUUGCAGCAUCAUUCAUUGCAAGAUUCAUGGCAUUUUGGCAUGCUUCCAAAGCCCAGAGCAUUAUUGAUGCAAAUGAUACUUUGAAGGAUUUGACAAAAGUCACAUUGGGAGACAAUGUGAAAUACUACAAUUUGGCCAGGAUAAAGUGGGACCCCUCUGAUCCUCAAAUUAUAUCUGAAGGUCUUUAUGCAAUUGCUGUAGUUUUAAGUUUCUCCAGAAUAGCCUACAUUUUACCAGCAAAUGAAAGCUUUGGACCUCUGCAGAUAUCACUUGGAAGAACAGUGAAAGACAUCUUCAAGUUCAUGGUCAUAUUCAUCAUGGUGUUUGUGGCCUUUAUGAUUGGGAUGUUCAACCUCUAUUCCUACUACAUUGGUGCAAAGCAAAACGAAGCCUUCACAACAGUGGAAGAGAGUUUUAAGACACUGUUUUGGGCUAUAUUUGGACUUUCUGAAGUGAAAUCAGUGGUCAUCAACUAUAAUCACAAAUUCAUUGAAAACAUCGGUUAUGUUCUUUAUGGAGUCUAUAAUGUUACAAUGGUUAUUGUUUUGCUAAAUAUGUUAAUUGCAAUGAUCAACAGUUCAUUCCAGGAAAUUGAGGAUGAUGCUGAUGUGGAGUGGAAAUUUGCAAGGGCCAAACUUUGGUUUUCCUACUUUGAGGAAGGAAGAACUCUUCCUGUUCCCUUCAACCUGGUGCCAAGUCCAAAGUCCCUGUUUUAUCUCCUACUGAGGCUUAAAAAAUGGAUUUCUGAGCUGUUCCAGGGCCAUAAAAAAGGUUUCCAGGAGGAUGUGGAAAUGAACAAGAGAAAUGAAGAAAAGAAAUUUGGAAUUCUGGGAAGUCAUGAAGACCUUUCAAAAUUAUCACUUGACAAAAGACAGUUUGGACAUAGUAAACAAUCAAGCUUAAGAAGUUCAGAAGAUUUCCAGUUAAACAGUUUCAGUAAUCCUCCAAGACAAUAUCAGAAAAUAAUGAAGAGGCUCAUUAAAAGAUAUGUAUUACAAGCCCAGAUAGAUAAGGAGAGUGAUGAAGUGAAUGAAGGGGAGCUGAAGGAAAUUAAACAGGACAUCUCAAGUCUCCGCUAUGAACUUCUUGAAGAAAAAACUCAAAAUUCAGAAGACUUGGCAGAACUUAUAAGAAAACUUGGGGAGAAAUUAUCAGUGAAACCAAACCAAGAGGAAAGCAAUAGAUAAUGCAAAGUCUUUCUUUAAAAUUCAUAUUUAUUUGUCCACUUGAAGCCAUGUUAUUUUCUGAUUUAUUUUUUUAACUGGCAAUAUGACCAGCUUUUAGAGAAGAAAAUGUUCAAAGAUAACUUGGGUCAUCCUAUUAUUUGGAAC